GGGAGGCUGACGGAGGAGCUGGUUGCACUGGGCGGGGGUUUCUCUCGCUGCGUUUUCUGUCCGGUUUUUCUGCGGGCGUGAAGGCAUGUUGAUAAUCGGCUCAGUAAUGAGGAGAGGUACUGAACGGCACCAAAUAUCUGACCCCGAUUCCCGGGAGUAGAGAGAGGCAGAGAGAGGCAGAGAGAGGGAGAAAGUGUGAGAGAGAGGAGGGAAGAGAGGCAUGUGAAAAAGGGGUGGAGGGGAGCUGAGAUUUACUGCCUUGCUGGAUGAAACAACCCCCCACUAACUAACGGAGAGGGAAAGUAGCCUAUUGGGAAGAAAAGCGGGGGUGUUGUACCGUUCAUUUAACGCUCAAAGACGCGCAGGAAGCCUUUAUCGUUUCCCACAAUGAGUUCAGAAAAGGGGUUUGCUGUCUGCUAUAAAGCCUAGGGCCCUGAACAACAGAAAUAAACAACACAACAAACACAGUGCCAGCACAAAACCAAGAAAAGGAAAAUGUCUCGAACCGAGGAGGUCAACAAGAUGACAGAAAAUGUAUAUAAGGGGAUUCUGGACCAGUUCAACCCCAGUCUGAAGAACUUUGUGACCAUGGGGAAACACUACGAGAAAGCCCUGACCGGAGUCACUGUGGCGGCCAAAGGGUACUUUGAUGCUCUGGUGAAACUUGGAGAGCUGGCGAGCGACAGCCAGGGCUCCAAAGAGCUGGGAGACACACUGUUUCAGAUGGCCGAGGUCCACAGACAGAUUCAGGUGCAGCUGGAAGACGUGUUAAAGUUAUUUCACUCUGAGCUGCUCGCCCAGUUGGAGCAGAAGUUGGAACUGGAUAUUAAAUACCUCACAGCCACCCUGAAGAAGUAUCAGAGUGAUCGGAGGUCUAAAUCUGAGUCUAUUGAGCGAUGCCAGUCCCAGCUGAAGAAACUCCGCAGGAAGAGUCAGGGCAGUCGCCACCCGAACAAAUAUGGAGACAGAGAGAUGCAGUUUGUGGAGCUGAUGAGUCGUCGUCAGGUCGAGCUGGACACGCUGGUUGCGUCGGGAUACAAGUCUGCGCUCACUGAGGAAAGGAGACGAUAUUGCUUCCUGGUGGAUCGACAGUGUAGUGUCACCAAACUGCUCGUCAACUACCACUCCAAGGUGAGAGAGCUCCUGUCACAGAAGCUGUCCUCGUGGCAGCAGUCAUGUUCUCAGCCCACUAAACUCCCCGAGCGCGCUCUGAAUCUGCUGCGCCACACCGCGCCUCAGAGCUCAGGAGCUGCAGGGAUAGCCGAGGUCCUCCGCCACACCAAGAUUGGCUCUGCUCAGCCAGAACAGAGGCUCUCAGUUCAGGAAGUCCCUCCCCUGAUGAACGGAGACUCCAGUCGCUCCCAGCAGCGCUCGCUCCCCUCCUCCUCCUCCCAGAGUGACGGCUGUCCUCCUCAGGGCUCACCCCACACUUUCAGCUCUCUCUCCAGUGGAGGAGCUGCUGGAGGUUCAUCCCUAGGAGCGUCUCCUCAGCACAGCAGCACCCUUCUGUCCAGCCCCCUCCCUGACAGCAGCACCAGCAGCAGCCCCUCUGCCUCCACCCCCACCUUGUCCAGCGGCUCAGCCCAGCCAGGCUCUCUCCUGCUGGCCGCCCACACAGCCAACCUCUCCCCGAGCCUCAUCCCCUCCACAGUGAUGUCUCUCAGCCAGAUCUCUCCAGCCGGUGGCCAUGGCAUGACCCUCCCCAUCGCCCACAGCGCUCCUCACAGCCCCCCUCUGCCCCACAGUGCCCCUCUGUCCCGGGCCAUGACUCCUGUGCAGUUACUGCACCAGCAGGUGGGCCCAGGGGGGAGCAACACCUCCACCCUGUCUCAUAAUCCCUGGCUGCUGAAGACAGCGGACAUCAGUGCAACAGCAACACUUCCACUGCCGAGGAGACCCAACAGUGAGAUGAGGCUGGGUGGAUUUCAGGGCUCCAGUCUCCCCAGGAUGCUGCCUUUAUCUGGACCCAAUCGUGUGGAAGCCAUGUUCGCUCACAAUCCUGGGGCAUCGGAGGCAGGCGGCGGUGGCGGCGCAGGAGGCGGGGCUUGUUUACUGCACUUCCUGCCUGGUGACAACAUCUCCCUGCUCAUCUCUGAGGCCAGAGACGGGUGGCACUACGGUCAAAAUGAACGAACCGGACGGAAAGGCUGGUUCCCUUUCUCCUACACGCAGUCAUACCACAGCACGCUCGAUCACCUGGAGAGCUCUCUCUUCUUAUCUAAGGCUAACAGCACCAGCACCGGCCAGCUCGACAAGCUGGUGUCUCCGGGUCUCCCGGCCCUCACCCCCGAAUCAGAGGAGGAGCACUCCCUUCCUCCCCAGAGGGUCAGCACCUUCCGCCCGCGCCCGUACAGCAUGGCCGACAGCACCAAGAUCACUCCUGAGUUGGUUUCUCCUCCACCCUCCCCAAACUCAAGGGCCAAUCCAUUUGCCCACGUUCGACUCAGAAGAACUGUCACCAACGAUCGCUCAGCUCCCAUCAUUGAGUAAGAGUUUUAUUCCCGCUGCAGCGGUGGCGUCAUGUUCUCUGUGGUCUGUCAGUCCAGCAAACCUCAGGUUGAAUCCUGGAAACAUCACAUUGAUUUAUGUUGAUUCUUUACUUUGGAUGUUCUUUUUGAACAAGUUUAAUAAAUAAAAACUGUGUCUUGUGAAGGAAAAGAACAUUUUUAAGUAUAGGUAUUAAAGAUUCAUGUGUAAAGGCUGACCUGUUAUAAAUACAAUCAGUCCAUUCAAUUUUUAAGUUGUUCAUUUGAAAAAAGACCAUUAUAAUGUCUGAAAAAUUGAAAGUGAAAUUAUACAUAAAUCUAGGCUAUUUUUAAUGUAACAUAAGGUAGGUGCCUUAAGCUGUUAGCUUAGUGUUUCAGAUUGACUAACUGUUUCGUUCAGAAUAAUUAACAUUGUAAUGUUUUUCCUGGCUUAUGGAAGGUGCCUCUUAUAUUCCUUACAGUGUAACAGUGAAUUUUCCUUUCUCGACAUAACCUUGAUUGUAGUGUUUUUUUGUGCCAUAUCCAGAUAAAAAGUUUUCUUUGUUGAGCUGAUUUAGGGACUGGCUCCUAAAAGCAGGUUGUGAAGUUUCACUGUCAUGAAGUGUUACAGAGGACAGGCUCCUACUUUUAAAGUGCUAUUACAAAAUUAUAUUUUUAGAAAAGCUGCCAGAUUGUUUUUAGGUUUCAAUGAAGGUGACAUUUUACCUUUAAAUUAAACGUUUAUUUGAUUGAGUCCUGGCAUAUUUUACUAAUAAUUGAGUUAUUUUGUGUCAUAUUUACAUUGAUAUUACUAAACAUGGGCAAUGCUGCUUCUGCCCGUUAACAUGACAUGUUCUGCUACUGUAAAGUUACAUAUAAACAUUUUAUGAAAGUAGAUAUUUGGAUUAGUGGAAUUAUUUACCUAAUGAAAGAAUUAUAAGACAAGGCGUGAGGGCAAAAAAUGAUAGAAGGAAAUGUUUUUUUUUUUUGCAUUUUGACAUAAACGUCAAAAGGUCGAGAGUAAAGUCCAACUUUCAGUAAUAGUGCCAGAAUCAGUAAUACUCUUUUGUAUAUGGACUCAAAAUAAGUUGUAACAAACCAACAACCCUUAAUUUGAUUUUUCCAAUGAUUGAUAACUGAGACCUGUUUGUUCCCAGGUCCAAUAUUUGAAGUCCUCUAAAAUGCAGAAACAGAAAAGCUUAUGAGCUCCACAGACAAACUGUUGAACCUUUGGACGGGGUUAUUACUGAAAGUGUUUUUAGAAAGUAGCAUUGAGGGCUCAAUGUGUAAAGAAAGAGAGAUUUGCGUGCUUUGGAUUCGAUGUCUUCUUGAUUCCUUUUCAGAGACAGAUUUAAAGCUAGAGAACAUCUAGGCUAUUUGUAGCUGAACGUUUACCAAUCAGACUGAGCAGAAUCUCCGAGAGAUGUGAAAGCUGUGACGGACGAUAGGAUUGAGUUUAAAUGGGGAAAUGUUCCUAUGAAAGUGAUGAAGAAAGCAUGGGAAGUGACCACUGUCUUAGCAAGUGUUUAUGGUAAACUAGAGAUAUCCAAAGUAAUAUUCUGUAGUUCUGUAGUCGCCUCUUAAAAAAAGGUGAUUUAAUAGGGGUUGUAUCCGCACAACCUUAAAUGGUUUGUGUUUCUGUUGUAAAUACCUUCUGUGGUCUUUAGCACCUUGAAGAUUCAAAAUAACGCCCACAAGGGUUGUAGUAAAUCAUCUCUAACAGCAUUGAUAUUACUUUGAGUAGUAUGGCAUCAUAUAUAAAGGUGACCACAAAAUGAUAGAGCUAAUGCUUAUUCAUGCUUGUAAAUAGUGCAUAAAACAUGUGUGAUUGUAUGACUUUUAUUUGACUAUUUUUAGAAUGAUAUUUCACUCUGGUAGAACAUUUUGACUUUGUAAACCUUCUGCCCAUGUCAGUUGUGGGGUUUAAACUUUUAUCUCCGACUCUGAACGAGAAAUAACACAGUGAUAAUUCAGAGUGACGCAUUAUUGGUUUAAAUAGACACUUAAGUCACAGGGACUGGGGUCGUUAUAACUGUCAGUAUUAGUGAUUCAUAAAAAGGACAAAACAUUAACGACAUUUAAGGCUAGCGAUAAUGAGAAAAAUAUUAUAAUACACAUGAUUUUGCCCUUGAAGUGCAUACAUAAAAAAAAUGCAGAAAUCAGAGUGUAGACAUUAAUACAGACAGCUAAUGUAGUAUAUGUAAAGCAUAUAUGCAAAGUGUGUAAUAUGUUGUAAGAAAUACAUAAAGAGUUUGUUAAAAAUAUAACUAUUAUAAAUAUGUAACAAAAGAUUUAUUGCAAAAUCAAUAGACACAUGUAGUCACGGGUGUUGUGUGUGUGAACAGAACGUAUGUGUAAAUGUCUCAAAACACUUGUAAUCUGUACAUUGUGCUCUCAUCAAUACUGCAGAUGGAAACAACUUGUGAAAAAAGAUGCUUAAACAGGAACUUUUGCAAAGUCCAAAACUCUUCUUCCAAAGUGAAAUAUCGUUUUAACAUCUAUUCACAGUUCCUCGUUACGUUUCAAAUAUGAAGCGAUGUAAACAGAUGUGUCUGUCAGUUCUCUAGAUUGCAUGACAUGAAAUCCUGAUGACUGCAAAAUAUAUUAUAUUAUGAUAAAUACGCUGAGGAAGACAUUCUUUACGUGAAACACUGAAUAUUGAUGUGAUGUGAAAUAAAAGUUCUAUGAAAGAAAUAUAUGU